CCCCGGCGGAGCAGCCCCCGGCGAGUCCGACCCCUCCCUCAGGGCCGCCUCCCAGCCCGCGCCCCGCCGCCUGGGUCUGCGUGUGGGAAUGAUGUGCGCGUUGGAGGGUCUAAGUUCUUCACGCGCCCGGGGGGUCCUCCCUUUUUUUUCUUAGGCAACCAAAUCGUACUCCUCUUACUAAUCAGUAAAUCCAAGGCAGCGGCAGGAAAGACAAACGCUAUUUUUCCCGCUUGAUUCCAAGAACCUCUUCGAUUUUUAUUUUUAAAGAGGGAGACGAUGGACUGAGCAGAUCCACACCAUGGAGUCUCGGGUCUUACUGAGAACAUUCUGUUUGCUCUUCGGUCUCGGAGCAGUCUGGGGUCUUGGUGUGGACCCCUCCCAACAGAUUGACGUCUUAACGGAGUUAGGACUUGGGGAGUCCACGACCGGAGUGCGCCAGGUCCCCGGGCUACAUAAUGGGACGAAAGCCUUUCUUUUUCAAGAUACUCCCAGAAGUAUAAAAGCAUCCACUGCUACAGCUGAACAGUUUUUUCAGAAGCUGAGAAAUAAACAUGAAUUUACUGUUCUGGUGACCCUAAAACAGACCCAUUUAAAUUCCGGAGUGAUUCUCUCCAUUCACCACUUGGAUCACAGGUACCUGGAACUGGAAAGCAGCGGCCAUCGGAAUGAAGUCAGACUGCACUACCACUCCUCCGGCAGCCACCAUCCCCACACAGAAGUGUUUCCUUACAUUUUGGCUGAUGAUAAGUGGCACAAGCUCUCCUUAGCCAUCAGUGCCUCCCACUUGAUUUUACACGUCGACUGCAAUAAAAUAUAUGAAAGAGUCGUGGAAAAGCCUUCCACAGACUUGCCUGUGGGCACAUCAUUUUGGCUGGGACAGAGAAAUAAUGCACACGGAUAUUUUAAGGGUAUAAUGCAAGAUGUACAAUUACUUGUCAUGCCCCAAGGAUUUAUUGCUCAGUGCCCAGAUCUUAAUCGCACCUGUCCAACUUGCAAUGACUUUCAUGGACUCGUGCAGAAAAUCAUGGAGCUGCAGGACAUUUUAGCCAAAACAUCAGCCAAGCUGUCUCGAGCCGAACAGCGAAUGAAUAGAUUGGACCAGUGCUAUUGUGAAAGGACUUGCACCAUGAAGGGAACCACCUACCGAGAACUCGAGUCGUGGGCAGACGGCUGUAAGAACUGCACAUGCCUGAAUGGAACCAUCCAGUGUGAAACUCUGAUUUGCCCAAAUCCUGACUGCCCCCUCAAGUCGGCUCUUGCAUACGUGGAUGGCAAGUGCUGUAAGGAAUGCAAAUCUAUAUGCCAAUUUCAUGGACGAACCUAUUUUGAAGGAGAAAGAAAUACGGUCUACUCCUCUUCUGGAGUAUGUGUUCUCUAUGAGUGCAAGGACCAGACCAUGAAGCUGGUUGAGAGUUCAGGCUGUCCAGCUCUGGACUGUCCAGAGUCUCAUCAGAUUACCUUGUCUCAUAGCUGUUGCAGAGUUUGUAAAGGUUAUGACUUUUGUUCUGAAAGGCAUAACUGCAUGGAGAAUUCUGUCUGCAGAAAUCUGAAUGACAGGGCCGUUUGUAGCUGUCGAGAUGGUUUUAGGGCUCUUCGAGAGGACAAUGCCUACUGUGAAGACGUUGAUGAAUGUGCUGAAGGGCGCCAUUACUGCCGUGAGAACACGAUGUGUGUCAACACCCCAGGUUCCUUCAUGUGCAUCUGCAAAACUGGAUACAUCAGAAUUGAUGACUAUUCAUGCACAGAACAUGAUGAGUGUGUCACAAAUCAGCACAACUGUGAUGAAAAUGCUUUAUGCUUCAAUACUGUCGGAGGACACAACUGCGUUUGCAAGCCAGGCUAUACCGGGAAUGGAACUACGUGCAAAGCGUUUUGCAAAGAUGGCUGUAGGAACGGAGGAGCUUGUAUUGCCGCUAAUGUGUGUGCCUGCCCACAAGGCUUCACCGGGCCCAGCUGUGAAACGGACAUUGAUGAGUGCUCUGAUGGCUUUGUUCAGUGUGACAGCCGUGCUAACUGCAUCAACCUGCCCGGAUGGUACCACUGUGAGUGCAGAGAUGGCUACCAUGACAAUGGGAUGUUUUCACCAAGUGGAGAAUCGUGUGAAG